GCAUCUCUAGCAUUGCAGGCCAAUAAUGCAGCCGCAAUAUCAUGUUUGCAGGAGAAAAAGAAAGAGUUCAAGGCCGUUGCUGCGCUUGAACGUGCUAGCGCUCUCUUCCUGAAAUGCAUAGAAGGUCUCGCAGAUGACUGUGAGGUUAUGGCUGAUGCUGGUCAAGUACAUGGUCAGGUGCUCGAGCAGUGGCCUCUCAUGUUCCAAAUGUUGAGCCUAUUCUUAAAUAGCCGUGAACAGCACCCAGCAGACUCCAGUGAUGACACUGCACCACUUACUGGAGAACGGCUUGUCCGUAUUCCAGUCAACGAACUCCAGACUGGUGUGUCAAAGAAGUCGUAA